AGGUUGGCACGUGGGUAAAGUGAUCUGUCAGUGUCAUGUGUAAAUGACAUGAAACAGUACUUCUGUCAAACCAUGUAACGCAAUCACAGUUAUGCCAGAAAUGCCAUAAAUGGUCCAUCGUGGAGUUUAAAAGGGGAAGUUGAUGGCAUGUUAAAGGCGGCCCCAUUGUCUGCAGCAUCAGUCCAGUGUGCCUCGUUGUAUCUGUCGUCCCACAACAGCGUCAACGCCAUGACCCGUCUGCUGCUCGGCGCCGCGCUGCUGUGGAACCUGGGUGUCUGUGUCACAGCUCAAGUGAUGCUCGCUCCAGCCACCCAGGUGAGGUUUGACUCCGUGGACUAUAAAAACAUCGUGCACUGGACUCCACCCACCAACAGCAGCUCUCUGAAGUACUAUGUCCAGUGGAAAAUUUAUGGCGAGCCUCAGUGGUUGGACGUAGACGGCUGCCAGGGGAUCCAGAAGCACCACUGUGAUCUCAGCGAUGUGACCUCUGACCCCAGAGAGUGGUACUACGCCAGAGUGCACGCCGUCUCCCUGCCCUCCAGAAAAUCAGCCUGGGCCCUCUCACCGAGGUUCAGCCCACGCUGGGACACCAAAAUCAGCUCUCCUGUAUUGAGGGUGAACGUCACAAAGCAAGGGAUUAUGGUCCGUGUGAAGCCCCCCAGGCUGGCUGUCCGGAAGAUGCACAACAGUCUGCUGUACAAGAUCUACCUCAUACAUACCAAUGGAAAGGAGGAGGUGUUUGAGAUGGAAUGCUGCUCGAACGAACUAACUCUGAAUGAGCUGAAGCACAAGACGAAAUGCUGCCUCCAAGCCCAGACCAUUAUCCCCCUCCAGGCCAAGAGCAGCGCUCGUAGCUCUGUGAAAUGUUUCACUACACUGUGAUCACACAGGUGGGGGUACACACACACACACACACACACACACACACACACACACACACACACACACACAGACACAGACACACACACACACACAUCUGCACCUGGUUGUGUUGAGUCUGAUAGUUGAGAUGUCGAACAGAAACUCAUCUUUCUCAUUAUUACUAUACAUUUUCAGUUUGUUCAAAUGUUGAAGACUACAACAGUGCAGGUACCUGCAGUAGAGCGCUGCUACAAGUGUCUGCUUUGUAUGAUUGUGUCUAAGCUGUAUCGUUGGAGAUUGAAAGAAAACCUCUCUGCUGUGACAAAAGAUAACUAAAUAAGAGGUCCAGUAUCCGCUGUCACACAACAAUCGCCUGAGGCAGUGAGACAGAAAGAGGGAGGAGAAAUGAAACUCCUGGAGCAGAGUUUCUCCACAAUGACUCUAAUUACCUUUGCUUACCCCACCCAUUGCACUAUUUUUAGAUCUGCAACAGAUGAGCACAGCUUUGAAAAUGUUAAAUUGGACAGUUGUGUCUUGUGCAAUUCAUUAAUCUUUUCCAUUGUUCUCCAUUGUCUUUUGUCCUUCUCUAUAUGACACACUGAAUGACUGGACUGUUCAUCCAUCAGUUCAGCUUGAAUUAGCCAUCGCUACCUCGACAGCUGCAGCCACAAAUAUCCGUGCCAAUGAAAGUGAUGCACUUUAUUUUUAAAAGCAUUAAGGAUCUGACAUGUUGAAUUGUGUAGGUGAACUGUGUAACUUUCACUUUGAGUGUACAGUACUUAGUAUGUACUCAGUAUGAUUUUAGCCUCCAGGACACACCGUUUCACCGUUUCAAGAGCAUUAUUAUUAUUUUUUGAAAAUACAUUUUGUUGUUGAAAAGUAAUUAGAAAUAGUAGUUUGACAAAAUAAACUUAACUCAAGGUCAAUUAGCAGCUUUUUUCCCUCAGUAAAAAACUGAGCAAACUGCCUUCGCUGAUGAUGAUGAUGAUGUGAGAUGUGGUUCAAAGCUCCAGAAAAAGCCAGUGAAUGGACCUUGAGUUAAGAUAAUUUUGUAUCUAUCUUUUUGUAUUGAGAUUUUAUUUUUUAUUUUUAUGAAGCAUGGCUCAUUUUCACUUUAGACACACUACAAGCACAGUGACGUAGAGCCGUUGAUGUGAAAUGUUUCUUCCAACUGACUCCAGUAACCACAAAUCAUACAGCAAGACCGAAACACCUAGUUCAGCUUUCUCCCACGCUAUUUAGCAAUUUCAUGUUGCCGUUUGUUGUCUUAACAUUUCCUCCAACAUCAGAGUUUCAGGGAGGGGAAGGAUGAAGUUUGCAUAAGUUAACACUGUGACCACAAUUUCUACGUGUUUUUCCCUCCAGUACAGACACAAUAUGCAAAAUAUCACUGGAGCUUUUGUGAAGCACAAAGUUUACUCAACACUAUUCAGAUGCAAAACUUUGAGACUAUAUCCUGUAUUUGUUGUGUACGUGUUAUGUUUCAAAUAAAAGCCACAGACAAUGUUUACAC